AGCAACUUUCCGUCCUCCUCGUUCUCCUCACCACCUCCCGGCUGUGUGGGGCUGGCCGGGCGCUGGAGUUCCCGGGUGGCGCGCCGGGCGAGCGUCCGCAAAUGGAUUACCCGCCUCUGUAUGCGAUGCUGUCUUGCUUGGUGCCUCUCAGCUGCUGGCUCGCCGCGGGCAGGGGAGCGAGAGCCCAAGAGCUGCUCCUGUCUGGAAAGCUAAGUGAAUAUGGUGUGAUUGUGCCCUUCAGUGCAGAUUGCCAGGGACGGUUCCUCUCUCACGUGGUGUCUGGCUCGGUGGCAGCAAGGAGGGGCAAAGCCACCCACCCUCCCGCUCCUCCACCUCACCCAGGCCGGCGCAGGGUUCCCCGCAGCACCUCCUUUCUGAACCAAGGCGUGCCUGGGAAUCGCUUGUACUACUUCAAUGUUACUGUUUUUGGAAAGGAGCUGCAUCUUCGCCUGAAGCCCAACCGGCGGCUGGUGUCACCUGGCGCAUUGACUGAGUGGCAAGAGGACUUCCGGGAGGUCUUUCGGGAGCCGCUGCAACAGGACUGUGCUUUUACAGGAGGAGUCUCGGGGAUGCCAGGUGCCGCAGUGGCCAUCAGUAAUUGUGAUGGACUGGCAGGCCUGAUUCGUACAGACAGUGGCGAGUUUUUUAUUGAGCCCUUGGAGCGAGGACAGUGGGAGAAAGAAAAUAAUGGGAGAGCUCAUGUGGUCUACCGUAGGUCUACCAUCAAACAGAGAACAGAAGCAUACAAGGACCAUCAUAAUGAAGUUCCAGGCUUUAGCCUAGGUCAGCUCCCAAACACACUGAACCUAAUUGAAGAGCAGGUUGGCGAAGCAGAUCGGAAAAGGCGCCACGCCAAGAAAGACGACUACAACAUAGAGAUUCUGCUGGCCGUGGACGAUUCCGUCGUGCGAUUCCAUGGGAAGGAACAUGUCCAGAAUUACGUCCUCACCCUCAUGAACAUAGUAGAUGAAAUUUACCACGAUGAAUCAUUGGGGGUCCACAUCAACAUUGUGCUGGUUAGAAUGAUUAUGGUGGGAUACAGACAGUCGAUCAGUUUAAUAGAGCGAGGGAACCCGUCUCGGAGCCUGGAGCAGGUCUGCCGCUGGGCCCAUUCUCAGCAGCGCUCGGACCCAGAACACGCAGAAUACCAUGACCAUGCUGUGUUCCUCACCAGGCAAGACUUUGGUCCCGCAGGUAUGCAAGGAUAUGCCCCUGUCACAGGCAUGUGUCACCCUCUGCGCAGUUGCACCCUCAAUCACGAAGAUGGGUUCUCGUCGGCAUUCGUGGUUGCUCAUGAGACUGGACAUGUGUUAGGUAUGGAACACGAUGGCCAAGGUAACCAAUGUGCCGAUGAAACCAGCAUGGGAAGCAUUAUGGCGCCACUGGUGCAAGCUGCAUUCCACCGUUACCACUGGUCGCGAUGCAGCAAGCAAGAGCUGAACCGAUACAUACAUUCUUACGACUGCCUCUUGGAUGACCCUUUUGAGCACAACUGGCCUAAGUUGCCGGAGCUGCCAGGAAUCAAUUACUCCAUGGAUGAGCAAUGCCGUUUUGACUUUGGUGUGGGCUACAAAACAUGCACAGCUUUCAGAACCUUUGACCCGUGCAAACAACUGUGGUGCAGCCAUCCUGACAACCCCUAUUUCUGUAAGACAAAGAAAGGACCUCCCUUAGAUGGAACUGAGUGUGCAUCAGGCAAGUGGUGUUUCAAGGGUCACUGCAUCUGGAAGACUUCAGAACAACCGUACAGCCAGGAUGGCAGCUGGAGUUCCUGGUCCAAAUUUGGUUCCUGCUCCAGGACAUGUGGGGGUGGGGUACGCUCCCGCAGCAGGAACUGCAACAACCCACCCCCAGCCUACGGAGGGCGCCAUUGCCCAGGUGCCACGUACGAGUACCAAGUCUGCAAUACAGAAGAGUGCCGUGGUCCCUAUGAGGAUUUCCGUGCCCAGCAAUGCUCCAAGAGGAACUCUUAUUACACCCACCAGAACUCCAAGCACACUUGGCUUCCCUAUGAACACCAUGAUGAUGCCCAGAAGUGUGAGCUGAUUUGCCAGUCUGAGGAAACUGGAGAUGUGGUAUUCAUGAAUCAAGUUGUUCAUGAUGGCACAAGGUGCACCUAUAGAGACCCAUACAGUGUCUGUGUGAGGGGAGAGUGUGUGCAUGUUGGGUGCGACAAAGAAAUCGGCUCCCUCAAGCAGGACGACAAGUGUGGUGUUUGUGGGGGUGACAAUUCCCACUGCCGGACGGUGAAGGGGACUUUGGUCAAAUCCCCAAAGCAGGCAGUGGGUGCUUUGAAAAUGUUUGAGAUUCCAGCCGGCGCCAGGCAUGUGCAGAUUGAAGAGAUGGAGCCAGCAACCCAUACAAUUGCUCUUAAGAACCAAGCCUCUGGCAACAUCAUCCUUAAUCCCAAGGGCAAAGAUGCCAAGAGCAGCACUUUCCUGGAGAUGGGCCUGGAAUGGGAGUACGCCAUUGAGAACGGCAAAGAAAGCUUGAAAACCAGCGGACCCCUGCAUGAAGCCAUCAGCAUCCUGGUCAUCCCACAAGAAGAUGAAUCCAAGAGUAGCUUGAUGUACAAGUACAUCAUCCACGAAGAUCUCCUUCCUGUCAUCGGAAACAACAAUGUCCUCCUGGAAGAAAUGGACACCUAUGAGUGGGCCCUUAAAAGCUGGUCUCAGUGUUCAAAAGCUUGUGGAGGAGGAAUACAGUAUACCAAGUAUGGUUGCCGGAGGAAGAGCGAUAACCGGAUGGUGCACCGGAACUUCUGCGAUAAUGGGAAGAAACCAAAACCCAUCCGUAGGAGAUGCAACAUGCAGGAAUGCACCCAGCCUUUCUGGGGGGCUGAGGAGUGGGGGGCCUGCAGCAAGUCCUGUGGCAAGCUGGGAGUCCAGGUCAGAGUGGUGCAGUGCACCCAGCACCUACACAAUGGCACAAACAGGACCGUGCACACAAAGUACUGCACAGGAGACAAGCCAGACGCACGCCGGCCCUGCAGUCGCAUCCCAUGCCCUGCCCAGUGGAGGACAGGUGCCUGGUCUCAGUGCUCUGUCAGCUGUGGAGAAGGCAUCCAGCAGCGUCAGGUGGUGUGCAAGUCCAACGACAACAACCUUGGCCAGUGUGAGAGCGAGAAGCCAGAGACCAUCCAGGUUUGCAAAAUGGCAGCAUGCCCAGGAAACCUACCAAGCGUCACAACAAACUCAGGCACCAGCGAUCACGUGACUCCUAAGGUCCAAUGGGUGCCUCAGGAGAGUGCCAAAAAUCCUGUUACCAAGAUAUCAUCAAAGGAGCCGUGCCUUGGAGACAAGUCCAUAUUCUGCCAGAUGGAGGUCCUGGCUCGCUACUGCUCCAUCCCUGGCUAUAACAAGCUCUGCUGCGAAUCCUGCAGCAAAAAAGUCCCCACCAGCCAGCCUCCCGCCGUUGACCAAGUAGCUUCUGAGACUGGCACCCGUGGAGGCGCUGCCCUUCCCGGCCCUCUCCCACAACUGUCUCCCCAUCCCACUGCCACGAGCCAACUGCGAAGGGUGAAGGGCACUUCUCCGAAAGAGACAGAGGCAUCCCGUGGUCUCCUGGCUACUCUCGCCGGCUCCACGGCCAUUGGCACCUGCCAGGUUAACGCUGCUUCACAGCCUCAGGGCAGCCCUGACAAUAGCACUUCAAAAGUGGGCACGCCAAUGCUACUACCUCCUUCUCUUCCUCCUCCUCCUCCCCCUCCUCCUCUUCUGCAGGCUCCAGCAGGGUGGGACCCCGAGGAGCAUCGGAGUAGUUCGGUGUCCCAGUGGCUCCCUGCUGCCUUGGACAAGCCUUCAGUUGUUUCGCAGAAAGGAGGCCCAUCUCCUCCUCAAGAUGGAGGCUGGUGGAGAAAGGACAGCGUGGGGCCCAAACAGUCAGCUGCCACUCUCAGGACCUCCUCCCCUGUUGUGACAUGAGUGGGGGUGGUGCUUUCUUUCCCCCCAGAAACCCCUCUCUUAUUUUUGGGGGAGUUUCAUUAUGUCUCUCUACACCGUUUACAUGCAGAGGAGCGGGGUGGCAAAGCCACCAUGUUGUUUUUUUUUUAAAUCUGGGCCACUUUUCCCAAAAUGGAAGGAGUAACCAUCUCCAACGCAACCAUGUUCAUUUUAGCAACGGCGGUGAUUUUGCCGUUGUUCUUGUUGGACACACACACACACAAACAAACAGUGCUUGCGUAGCCCAGGUUAGGUCGCCUCUGAGGGCUUUUCCUUCAAGAGAUUUCUCAAUCAAUAAGACAAGACAGAGCCAAGCCAGCUCAAGGACCUUGUUUCCCCUCCUCAGUUUCCCCUCAUUGCUGCUGCUAUCCCAGCCAUCCGGUGGAGCCUUGAAAUGGUGCUGCAAGGGACAUGGUUUUAAUCCGAGUUACUGUGGACAGCGAGCCUGACGUGUCUCCAUAACAGCACGCUAUGCGGACUGAAGUUGAUUGUGUCAGGAGAGAGGAGGAGACCUGGGGUGCUUCCAGGUGGAGGGCUUAAUACUGCAAACGGGUCUUACAGGUAGCGCAAACGGGUUGUUGGCAACAGGUUAUUGUUGUUGUUUUCUACCUUGGCAAGGGCAAAUCUAGAUUAAAAGUGUUGGUGGGGAGAGAAAAGCAGGUUGGCUUUUUUGUUGUUGAUGAUGAUGGGCACCGUGUAGAUGCUUCGAAAAGCUUGCAUCCGUGAGGAGCACCAAUCCCAGGGAAGUGUAUGUGGUUUGGACUAACGGGCUCCUGAGCCAGCAAGCCAGCUGCCUCCUUGCAAUGCUGAGCUGGUGUGCUGAAAGUCCUGGGACGGGGCGUGUUGAACCCCCCCCCCCAGCUCACUUGGAGUGUCUUUUGAACAUGGUAUGAGCAAUGAACACCUCAUCUUUAAAAACCAUUUUUAUGACCUUUUUGUUCACCAUGGCAGUGACAAUUCUCAGUCAAAAGCAGGGAGAAUAUGAGAACGUGAGGAUUGCCUUGCUAACUGGGCCCAAUGUCCAUUUGUUCCAGCACUUUGCUUGUGCCAGUGGCCAGCUAGAUGCCCACAAGCAAUUCGUGAUUGCUUUUCAGCCAUUCUUUGUCUGCCCAGAGCAAUCUGGUCAUCAGAGGUAUGCUGCCCUUGAAAUGAGUAGAUUUUCAGAGCAAACCAGGGAACCAGAUACCCAAGUGUGUUACCAAAUGCUUUGUGUUUUAAAACAACGCUAUUGCUGAAAGGAUGUUGUGGGCUUCCUGGUUCUCUCUCCCCCCCUCUCUUUUCCCCCCUCUGAAAAGCCACUUUUGUUCCUCACAAUGCAGUUUAUGUCACUUCUGAGUUUGAAGAUGUUCUCUUGCAUUGGCAGAAUGCUGUUCUGGAACUCUGCUUGAGAUGUGAGGUGACGCCAGUUUUAAUAAAAUAUGCCCACCACAGGAAUUCUGAAUAAGUUAGGUAACAGGUGCGUUUUUUAAAAAAAAGCAACUCUGGAGUGACUUUUAUCCAAGAACAACAACAUGAGCUGCAAUAGGCAGCUUUGGAACUGUCUGAUAUGAGCUGUGUUUUGCCAACGAUGGAUGCUAAAUAAGAUCGAGGUGAUGUAAGGUUAUGUGAAUAAUUGAAUUGCCUUUUGGUGAGAAUGGCUGGUUUAAUAUUAAAUGGACACCCCAUUCCACCCCUACACACAA